CCUUAGCCCUAGCGUGGCCACUCUAUCCGAAACUAUUAGAUCAUGCUAGAAAUCCUUAUGAAGUCUACCGAGUCUACAAUAUCUACUAUAUCUACCAAGUCUACUUAUGUCUGCCAAUUCUACUAUGUCUAUAUCCACGCUCUAUAAUCAAUUCGGCGACGACACAACGGUUCCGCGCCUGUUCGAUGUGAUUGCUCGGAACUACCCUGAACAUGUCGCUAUCUCCAUACCAAAGGAUGAGAAGAACCCAAGCCGUGGAUGGAAAAACGUGACCUUUAGAGACCUAGCCAGCGCAAUCGACAAAGCAGCUUCAUGGCUUCUACGCGAGAUUGGUCAUCAAAGUGAGAGUUUUGAGACGAUCCACUACAUGCUACCGCAGGAUUUAAGUGUUAUUGUGUUCAUGCUGGCUUCGGCAAAGAUUGGUUUCAAGGGGUUGUUCUGUCAUCCAAGAUGUACAACAGAGGCCCUAGUAUACAUCAGCACCACGAUGGAAACUCAGUACCUCGUCUCGACUAGUAACCUUAUGCCAGAGGCACGGAUGGCUGUCGAAUCUUUAACGAGUAUAAAGUCCGAAAUAAACGUUAUCACAGCUCCACCAUUGCAUUUCUGGUUUGCAACGGAUUUCCCACAACAACUGGGGAUUCUCGCAUCCACAAAGAGCACAGGGAACAAUCCGAAUGACCCAUUCACUGUCAUUCACUCGUCUGGGACCACUGGAAACCCAAAAGCGAUUGUGAUGACACAUAGACAUUUACUACGGAUGGCAAAAUCCUUUCUAUCAGUGAACAACAAGGAUGAUUUGAAUUAUGAAAGAUUUCGAGGGAAGCGCGUUGCUUUACUUAGUCCCGUAUCAUCAGCAGCUGGGUUAUACUUUCUCCUUGGACUCAAUUUCGUGUACGACUUCACUAGCGUUCUUCCACCCGCCCCGGGUCCUUUAAGUGCUGACAAGCUCGAGCAAACUAUAUGUUACGCGAACGUGACCUGUGUCAUAGCACCACCCAAGAUAUUUCCGGACAUCGCUAAAUGCUCACGUAUGCUUGCUUUGAUUAAAAGCAAGAUUGACUCCGUCGGAUAUAUUGGUGCAGCAUGUCCAAAUCAUGCCGGAGAGGCUAUAAGCACUCACACCCAACUCUACCCCUUAUACGGCUCAACAGAAACAGGCAUGUAUCCUCUCUUUACCACAGUCUCCUCUGACUGGGCAUAUAUGAAAUGGGACUCUUCCUUCACCCAUCAAAUGAGGCCUAUAGCCUCAUCCAAUUAUUACCAUCUUGUUCUUCCAAGGGAUGUGGGUGCAAGGGGGUUCCAGAUCGGUUUCGAGCUCUUUCCUAGCUUCGAAGAGUGGAACACCAACGAUAUCUUUGUCCGCCAUCCUGAUCCGGCGAAGGACGAUCAUUGGAGAUAUGUCGGUCGAAUGGAAGAUGUGAUCAUUUGUCGGGCACCGACUAGUAACAGUGUUGGCCCAAACAUCGCCUCCAUCAAGUCGAGAUCAAGUCUUCUAAUGCCUAAUGAGAUGGAACAUAUGAUAGAGAGACACCCUAGUAUUGCAGCUGCGGUCAUCUGUGACUGUGAAGAGGGGGUGUUACACGUCGUUAUAGAGCCUGUGGGCUUAGGCCAAACUCAAGGACCGCGGCCUGAGGAAGCAGACAAGACUCAAGCUUUAAUUGCCGAGAUAUGGUCGUCAAUUGAGCAAGCGAAUGCUAUCUGUUCUAUACCAGCACAAAUACAUCGAAGCUCCAUCUUACUCGCACUAGAGCCACUACCUAAAGGGACCAAGGGAUAUCCCCAGAGGAACUUAGUACGCCAAAGGUAUCGCGAGACUUAAAAAGUAGUAGAUAAUAGAAGCUAUAAGAUAAAUAUCAAGAAGUAAAUAGAGAUAGUAAGAAAUUUCAUAAAGAAGUUUUUUCU